AUGGGCGCGGAGCUGGGCCGGCCCCCGCCCCCGCCCCCCCUCUCCUCGGCCCUCCCCUCGGGCCGAAUUGAUCGCGGCUCUGUAUUCCAAAGCACGCGCCGUGCUCAUUCCUCGCUCGCGAGCCCCGAGCGGGGUUGGGGGGGCGGCUCGUGCGCCGCGGCCGCCGCCUCGGUGGUCAACCCCACGCCGCUGCUGCCCGCCGCCUGCGGGGUGGCCGGCGACAGCCAGCCCUUCAAGCUCUCAGACUCGGGGGACCCAGAUAAGGAGAGUCCGGGCUGUAAGCGACGGCGCACCCGAACCAACUUCACCGGCUGGCAGUUGGAGGAGCUGGAGAAGGCGUUCAACGAGAGCCACUACCCCGAUGUGUUCAUGCGCGAGGCGCUGGCGCUGCGCCUGGACCUGGUGGAGUCCCGAGUCCAGGUCUGGUUCCAAAACCGCCGGGCCAAGUGGAGGAAGAAGGAGAACACCAAGAAGGGCCCAGGGCGGCCGGCGCACAAUUCGCAUCCGACCACGUGCAGCGGGGAGCCUAUGGACCCCGAGGAGAUCGCGCGCAAGGAACUGGAGAAGAUGGAGAAAAAGAAACGCAAGCACGAGAAGAAGCUGCUCAAGAGCCAGAGCCGUCACCUGCACUCUCCCGGCGGCCUGUCCCUGCACAGCGCACCCAUCCGGGUGGGGUGGAGCGCACCGCGAGACCCGCGAGGAGAAGAGGAGACCAGGAGACCGGAUCGUGCGGAGGCCGCGCAGGGCAGCGACCCCAGGAGAGGGUCAGGCGCCGGGCGAGCCCCUCGAGGAGGUGCGAGUGGGGCCCAGGAGGUGUCGUUGGGCACCGGCACCGAGCUGCGGUCCGUGCCCCCCAUGAGCAAUAACGACUGGGCGUUGGGGGCGGCGGAGGGCGCCAAGGCAUCGGUGCCACUCGGGCGUGGAGCAAUCAGUGUCCCCCGGGCGCGGGCCGCGAGCCCCACGGAGAACGCGUCCCUCCAGCCCUUCGCUGUGCCCCGCGGACAGCUGCCUGCGGGCCGCCCUCGCGAGUCUCCGGCCCGGCCCGCCUGCCUGCUGGCUCGGGGUCCAGCUGACGUCGCGACCCCCCAUCGUCCCCGCCGCGGCGUGGAGAUCGCUGCGGAUCUGGACCCCGACCCCGGUGUGUGCUUCCAGCGGGGAAUCACCACCGCCUGCGGGACCACAGUUUCCCUGCGCCGAGGAAACUGA